AUGCAAUCGAAGAGUGGCAUAUCUAAUCAUUUAUCGUCAAACAAUAAAAUAAACGGAGACAUAUCUACCCAGCCACAAUCAGACAAUGCAAUAAACAGUGACAUAUCUACACAGCCAUCCUCAGACAAUGAAAUAAACAGAGACAUAUCUACCCAGCCACAAUCAGACAAUGCAAUAAACAGUGUCAUAUUUACACAGCCAUCAUCAGACAAUGAAAUAAACAGAGACAUAUCUACCCAGCCACAAUCAGACAAUGCAAUAUACAGUGAUAUAUCUACGCAACCAUCAUCAGACAAUGAAAUAAACAGUGACAUAUCUACUCAGCCACCGUCAGACGAUCAAAUAAACAGUGACAUAUUUACCCAGCCACCAUCAGACGAUCAAAUAAACAGUGACAUAUCAACCCAGCUACCAUCAGACUAUCAAAUAAACAGUGACAUAACUACACAGUCACCAUCAGACAGUGAUAUAAACAGUGACAUAUCUACACAGUCACAAUCAGACGAUCAAAUAAACAGUGACAUAUCUACACAGCCACCUUCAGAUUAUGAUACUGAAAUCAAUUAUUAUGUAAUUUGUAAAGAUACAGUCGGGAUGAGAAUAUUUGUAGUUUCAAUGACACAAGAGGUUUAA